ACAUACAAUUAGAGACUUUAGUUGUCACAGCAAUAUGAAGUCACUAUUCUUGCCCAUCGUUUUUCUGUUGGCCGGCCAGUUUGUGGCUGAGGUGUCUUCGCAAGUCAUCCUCGAAGUACCCGGCUAUGGCGUCCUUAACGGAACAGCUGAAAAUUCGACGUACACUGAACGGCCGUUCUAUGCAUUUCGCAGCGUCUUUUACGCUGAAAAACCCGCACCUCUAAAUCGAUUUUUACCACCAAUUCCGAAAGCACCCUUUCCCAUGGAUGAGAUCCAGCAAGCCACCAAUAACAAUUUAGGAUGUCCUCAGCCUGGGGCAGCCAACGAGGAUUGCCUUUCUAUGAACAUCUUCACACCUCAAUUGCCAUUUGAAUCCGACACGCCUCUUCCUGUCAUGUUCUGGAUCCAUGGCGGAGGUUUUUCUCUUGGUCAUGCCCUCGAAUAUCUUCCCAACAGAUACAUGGAGCAUGACAUCGUCCUAGUUACAAUCCAGUACCGCCUUGGUCCACUUGGAUUUCUCUCAUUCGACACGGACGAUGUUCCUGGUAAUGCUGGCAUUUUCGAUCAAAUCGAAGCUUUACGGUGGGUCAACAAACACAUCGAAUACUUUGGAGGAGAUCCGACUCAAAUCACUAUCGCGGGAGAGAGCGCCGGCAGCGCUAGCGUUUCUCUUCUUCUCUUGGCCCCACAAGCAAGAGGGCUAUUCCAACGUGCCAUCGGUGAAAGCGGAUCUGUUCUGGCUGAUUGGGCCCUUGAUCGCGACGGAAGAGGCAGAGUGGCUUCACUGCAAAUCGCUGAAAGGGCAGGAUGCCCAUUGGAACCUUACCAAGAUUUGCUCACCUGCGUGCAGAACGUUGAUGCUUUAGUACUGGACCGAGCGUACCAAGACUAUGCGAGAGAGGAUAGGCUGAACGGUGGUCUUGGUUUUAGCGGUUCCAAUCCCAUCAUCCAAGUUGCUGGAGCACAGCGGAUUAUCGAGUCCGACCCUUUUGAGUUACUCAAUUCCGGCAAUUUUGCGACGGUUCCUACAAUGUUCGGAGCAAACAAGCAAGAAGGCUCGCUUGUGCUAGGAAUACUGUACAACAGUUACUUGGUUCCCAACAAUCUGACUGAAGACGAAGAAUUUUUGGCAAAUGAAUUGGUCCCACAGUUUCUGGUUGCCUUGCAUAUUGAUGACCCAACUGGAGAACUGGCUGCUCAAUUGACACAAAAAUAUUUGAGUACGGCAGUGAUGGGCAACUUUACAUCCAUGACACCUGGAUUAACAGACCUGUGCAGCGUGCUCUUCUUGAAAGGGCCAACUUACGAAAUGACAAAAGUUGUUUCUCAACACAACCCCAACUCGUUUUUCUAUUCAUUCGAAUACGAAGGCAGGAAUUCGCUUUUCACUUACCUGUUGACAGCCAAUCCCCCGCCGAUUCCUCACGGUGUUAGCCAUGCUGAUGAGCUCAUUUACCUAUUCGUUUACCCAUUCCCGUCCAUCCCACCGGGUCUCAAUAAUCGAGAGACUGAAGUUUCCAUGAAGAUGCUUCAAGUUUGGACUAAUUUUGUCACCCACGGCAAUCCGACCCCUGAUGGCGUACCUCUUCUUGAUGGUAUUCCACAGUUCUUACCUUAUAGCAGUGCCGUUGAAUCCUACACCGCCAUUGACGACGUUUGGCGAUCGGAGACGGAUUUCACACUAACUUACACCAUAACAGUCGAUGAACUGAGUCCUCCCCUCAAGUAAAGCAGCGCUUUCAAAGAACAACCUGGUCAUGUCAAAUAUGUUUACCCAAUAAACCCAGUUAUCUUGCAUAUUGG